AUGCAGGUGCAAGAACCAACUGCAGAACGUAUAGCGUCAGCCGAUGUCGCUGCGCAGGCAGCUUACAAAAGGAUGAAUCUCGGUGCGCAGGAGGAGUCAUUGACGCAAAGGAAUAUCCGUAUGCGGGCCUUAAGAGAACUGGAAAAAGAAAAAAAAGAGCGUGAAAGGUCAGAAAAUGUCGAUUCUAGUCUCCGAGAAACGAAACAUUGUGCAGUAGACGAACAGGAAUUUGAACAUUCAAGUGCAAUUAGUGGUGUCUAUUUUACGUGUGACCUUUUUGGUGACGACAAAUUGACUAAAGAUGAGGCCUUAAGAGAACUGGAAAAAGAAAAAAAAGAGCGUGAAAGGUCAGAAAAUGUCGAUUCUAGUCUCCGAGAAACGAAACAUUGUGCAGUAGACGAACAGGAAUUUGAACAUUCAAGUGCAAUUAGUGGUGUCUAUUUUACGUGUGACCUUUUUGGUGACGACAAAUUGACUAAAGAUGAGAAAUAG